AUAAAUGAUUUUGCGUGCUUGCCCGCAUCGCAUUUAGCCAGCGAAAUUAACGUUGCGUGGACCGACGCUCCUUCCAAACGCAGAUGGCAGCUGGGACUGUGGUUCGAUCUCAAUCCAUUGCAACUCCAACCAGGGUCAUAUCCGUCACCGCAUCACGACUCGCCUAGAGCCGGCACCGCAUCGGGAGGGCCCACCAAAAGCAGCGGAAGCGGCAGCAGCCAUCGCCCGCUGCUUAUGUCGCCAGGCCGGUUCGUCGGCUUUUGGUCUGUGCACAACAGCGAAAUCGUGCAUAGGCGAAACUAUAUCAAGUACUGGACCAUGUUCUAUGAGGCGUUCGGCGUCGGCCAGCCCAAUAGGAGUGACGCGUACAUCAGCCAAGUGGCCUCUGUCGAACGCGACGUCCUCGAAGAGUUCCUGGGCGUCGUGAACAAUGAGAACAAGGAACCCGCCCGAUUCCAACUGAGCGACAUCGGCAGCCACACGCCGAACCUGCCGGCGAGCCGUUGGAUCGAGCAGCUGGGCGUGGUUGCGCUCCCUGUCGUCGCCAAAAAUGAGAGCGCUUACGAGCCGAGUGAUAAGCUCACGGUGACGGACACUGCGCUUCUCAGGGCAGUGAACAGGCUCUUCGGGGCGCAUAACAGCACGAUGCUGUUGUGCCACCUCUCCUGGUUCUUCAUACAGGUGUUCGGAGCCCUGGCCGACCGAGAUCUGCUAGUGGCCAAGUACGGGGACAAGAAGAAUGCGUCGGUGCGCAGACACAUGUUUUGCGCAACCGAGGUCGAAGAUGCGUACGGACCGCUGGUGCCUGCCCUCUACGUGUUUCCGCGAUUUACGACUCGAAUGCGGUUUGCCAUCGACGACACGUUCACCGCCAUUACAAAGGCACGGCGAGUCUUGGCAAAUAAUCUGCUCGAAAGAAAUGUUCCACUAUAGUGAACGUUCCUGGCAACUGCGUGCCUGUGGUGCUUUAGGCAACACUUCUAUAGCGAAAAUUCCGAUACAGAUUCGAAUUAGUAAAAUAAUACUGAUAUUUGAUGUAUAGUGCAUGUCCACGUAUGUGAUAGUCUUAUUAGUUUAGAGGAAAUGUUUAUCAGUUUAUCCUAGUCUAAUUGUAAUUAACAUUGGGCGCGUCUGAUUAGCCUAAUAAAUUGUAAUACUGCCUACACAGUA